AUGAGUGACAUGGUGACAGAGAUUUUGGCCUUUAUUCUGAGCACAUCUGGCUGGGUCCUGAUCUCCUCUACCAUACCCACGGAUUACUGGAAGGUGUCCUCUCUGGACGGCACGGUCAUCACCACAGCUACCUACUGGUCCAACCUGUGGAAGGCCUGUGUCACUGAUUCAACAGGAGUCUCCAACUGCAAGGACUUUCCAUCUAUGUUGGCACUGGACGGUUAUAUUCAGGCCUGCAGGGGUCUGAUGAUCGCUGCUGUCUGCCUGGGCUUCUUUGGUGCCGUCUUUGCCCUGGUCGGAAUGAAGUGCACCAAGAUUGGGGGAUCAGACCAAAGCAAAGCCAGAAUGGCUUGCUUCGCCGGGGUCAAUUUCAUACUCAGCGGUCUCUGCUCGUUGUCCGCAUGCUCCCUGUACGCACACAGAAUAACAUCUGAGUUUUUUGACCCCAUGUUUGUUGCUCAGAAGUAUGAACUGGGAGUUGCCUUGUUCAUUGGUUGGGCAGGAUCUAUCCUGUGUGUUCUGGGAGGGGGGAUAUUCUGCUUCUCCGUAGUAGAUACUUCCACUAGAAGGUGA